CAUCACACGCGCUGGUCAUGGCGGACGGACUCCGCAUCGUCUAAAUAAAAACGCAUACUUCACCCCCUCACCCGACAGAAUUAGAGGUCAACGUAACCGCUAAAUAAUUAUUCUCGUAUUUUAAGAAAUUCGCGUCAUUCUGGUCGAGGUGAAUCUUGUCUGAGAUCAGAAUGACCAAUGAAGAACCUCUUCCGAAGAAGGUUCGCCUGAGUGAAUCUGACAUGAAGACCCUGACUCGAGAGGAGCUGUGUUCCAGGUGGAAGCAGCAUGAAGCUUACGUCCAGAUGCUUGAGGCUAAAUAUGCUGAAUUUAACUCAAAUGAUGUGACCGGCCUGAAGGAGUCAGAGGAGAAGUUGAAGCAACAGCAGCAAGAGUCUGCACGCAGGGAGAACAUUCUGGUGAUGAGGCUUGCUACUAAGGAGCAGGAAAUGCAAGAGUGUACGACCCAAAUCCAGUACCUGAAGCAAGUUCAGCAACCGAGUGCGGCUCAGCUGAGAUCGUCCAUGGUAGACCCAGCCAUCAACUUAUUUUUCCUUAAAAUGAAGGCUGAACUGGAACAGACUAAAGACAAACUGGAGCAAGCCCAAAAUGAACUGAGUGCCUGGAAAUUUACACCUGAUAGCCAGACUGGUAAGAAGCUGAUGGCGAAGUGUCGCAUGCUGAUCCAGGAGAAUCAGGAGUUGGGCAGGCAGCAGUCUCAGGGGCGCAUUGCCCAGCUGGAGGCUGAGCUCGCCUUGCAGAAAAAGUACAGCGAAGAGCUCAAGACCAGUCAAGAUGAGCUGAACGACUUCAUCAUUCAAUUGGAUGAGGAGGUGGAGGGCAUGCAGAGCACCAUCCUGGUUCUUCAGCAGCAGCUAAAGGAGACCAGGCAGCAGUUGUCUCAGAUGUCCCAGGCCCAAGGCACUUCUAGUGGAUCUGGCCCAAGCAGAUCGUCACCUUUAGCCAGCUCUGAACCUUCCAUUCAAAGUGAAGCAGCAAACACCUCCAGCUCCACUGUGGGUAAAGACUGCGGAAGGGUGUCCAACGGACCCUCUAAUGGGAAUUUGUCUCAGAGGGGUGCGUCUGGGUCCAGCCUGUAUAGGGAAGCAAGUAGUGCAGAUGACUAUUACCCACCAUCACCCUCUGUCUCCAGCCCCACCCAUGGUGGCAUGUCAAAACUCUCCAACCACUCAGAAGUCGCAGGAAGCCAGAGGGGCGGAGAAGGGUACAUGACUCAGCUAAGUGCAGGCUAUGAGAGUGUGGACUCGCCAACAGGCAGUGAGACAUCGGUGACCCAGCACUCUAAUGAUACAGACUCCAAUGCUGACUCCCGUGAGGCCACUGCUGUCUCCAAAGGCAGCAGGACUGUUGGUAUGCGGCACAGCACUCAGAAUGGUCUGGACUCAACUGCAGCAAGAGUUGCCACCAACACCUCCAAUGCCUCCACAGGGUCCGUUUUGUAAUAUUCUUAAUUUCAGUGUUGAAUAUUUUUUAUUUUUUUGUAACUCAUGACAAACAAGAAAGUCAUACUUUAGAUCAGUUUGUUCUUGUUUGAGAAAGUGAAAUGCAUCACUGUUUUUUCUCUACUCCACCUCCAUCAUAACUCAUUGCAGUGAACUUGCAACAUGCUCUGACAGCUGAUUACGUUUAUAAUACAAGAAACAUUUAAAUUAGUUUGUAUAUUUUAUUUUUAAACAAUUUUUCCUCUUCAUGAGUCUAUCGAAGUAAUGUGAACACAUUUUUUUCUGUACCGUUCAGUUGCUUACUCAAUAGAACCAGAAAUAAUUUAGCUGUGUGAUAUAUCAAUGCUCAAUUAAGUCUUGAAACUUGAAGUUCAGAGGGUCCUCAGUUUCCUGAUGUUUAACUUUUUUUGUUCCUCUGCAUAACAAGAGAGAUACAAUUUUUGUUUUACUUGUGUGUAGUUUUUGCGAUGCGUCAUGUUAAAUUUAAAUCCUUUUCAUGUACUGACCAAAUAUCAAUAAAGAAUUUUAA